GGUUUCCAUAGCGACGAUGAUGACUCACAGUUUUCCGAAAGGAUUGCAUUCUUUCUACAUCAGAAUAUACAAGAUUGUGGAUGAUAGUUCCAACAACACUUCCAUCGUUUGGGAUCUCAAAAAGCUCUGCAAAGAGUUUCUCCCGAAAUACGUUGGAUUGGGCAGAAACUACCUUCACUUUGUCUUAGAGCUUCAGUAUCGCGGAUUUGAAAGAGUCAACGGGUCUGGACAGUUGGAGUUUGGAUAUGAAAACUUCGUGAGAGGCCAACCUCAUCGCCUUAGGAAGAUGGCUUUACAACUUGAGCAUUGUUCAAUGCAGAAGCAUAAGGUAUUCAAUUCCUUUCCUCCUCAGUUCGGUCUUGUCAAUAGAUUAUGGAGUUACAUUCUAUCCCGCGAGGGUUCUUCAAGAGACACCUUGUGGGCUUCAUUGUCAAAUAACUCAUUGAGCUCCAUUUCCGAUCUUCUUAAACAUUGUACAUUUCAAGUCACUGAAAAGGGUCAAUACAAAGAGGAGUUUGUGACAGCAGGAAGAGUUCCUUUAUCCGAGAUUUCUUUGAAGACAAUGGAGAGUAAAUUGGUUCCGAAUCUUUUCUUUGCAGGAGAGGUACUACACGUAGAUGGAGUU